GCCGUCCGGCUUCAGCUCCGGAUCCUCCAUCGGCCGAGUACCUAUGACACAAUGCGAAUGGGCAGUGAGUAAAGUAUCAGCAGAGGAGCUAGAAAGGAGGUAUAACUCCAAUUGUGAGAGACCAUUAAAAUAAUGCUUACAUCAUCUUGACACAGAGAGUUGAUUAUUGAGAGGAUGGACCCCCACUCCUCCGCAGCCGAUCCCGCAUCCGCUCCGACGCAGGUGAGCUGAACUGAGCUUCCUUCUAAGACCGUCGUAUUUUAACAUAAUUUCUCUGAUAACUCCAACUCUCCUCACUUUCAUCUUCCAACUCUCACAUCAACACCUAAAUAAGCAUCAUCACCAUGUCUCAGCCAGAUCCCAAGCGCGUCAAAACUGAUGACGAUGCUCCCUAUGAGCUCAUCUACUGGCCAGUCAUUCCUGGUCGUGGCGAAUUCGUCCGCCUCGUGUUCGAAGAAGCUGGUGUUCCUUACUCAGACGUUGCGCAAAACAUAGAGAAGGGCAUGAAUACAGUCAAAAGCCUUACUUCUACAGACAACAUCGGCGAUGAGCACAACCCACCUGCUCUAGCUCCCCCAGCUCUCAAGCACGGCGAUCUUCUCAUUUCUCAGACGCCCAAUAUUCUUCUAUACGUCGCUCCAAGGGUCGGUCUAGCUCCCAAAGAAGGAAACGGCGUGUAUCAUCUCAAUGAGAUUGUUUUGACGAUCCUGGAUGGUCUUGUAAAUGAACUCCAUGAUACUCAUCACCCUAUCGCCAUCAGUCUCUACUACGAGGACCAGAAGGAGGAGUCCAAGAAAAAGUCCCAAUAUUUCAUCAAGGAGCGCCUCCCCAAGUAUUUCAAGUACAUGCAGCGAGUGCUUGAUGCCAAAACCAGUGGUGAGGGGCCAUGGCUAUAUGGCGACAGCUUGACCUAUGCAGACCUCGUCCUUUUCCAGGCUGUUGAUGGCACCAAGUUUGCCUUCCCUAAGUCCACUGAGGCUUUGAAGAAGUCAGGUGAAUACGAUGGCGUUUUCAGGUUGUAUGACGCUGUCAAGGAGAGGCCCAAUAUCAGCAAGUACCUUCAGAGUGACAGGCGCAGGAAGUACUCAGAGGGAAUCUGGCGAUAUUACCCUGAGUUGGAAGAGGAAUAGGCAAAGGUCAAAUAUUCACUCGUCAGACCGAAAAGUGCUAAUAUCACAAUCACGCCGAGGAAGUCUAAAAUAAUAUCAUGUUCCUUUAUUGCCUAAAGAAACUCCAGAAUGCUCCAUAUAAUAUCCAAGUUGCCCGUUCCAUUUUGCCCGCCCAAACCGUGUAUAGUAUGAUUUCCCAGU